AUGAACAAGAAAGAAUACAAUAUUUGGGAUGAUCACAGCUACGAGAAGGCGUCGAAAUUGAAGAUUGAACACAUAGCGAAAGGAAAGGGAUAUGAAGAUUACGAAGGAGAAUACGAGAAUAUGGAUAAUGGGCGUAAUGUGAAAUCUUCGAAACUCAAUAUUCAAAAUAUAAGGAAAGGAAAUGGAUGUGAAGGAUAUGAAGAUGAUUAUGAGAUUUUGGAUGAUGAGAGUAAUGUGAAGUCUUCACGGUUCAAUAUUCAAUAUAUAAGGAAAAGAAAAGCAUUAUCUGAAAUUCGCGAAACAAAUUCGGAAAUUCAUGAGAGUUGUGAAACUGGUGAUGUGAAGCGACAAAAGAAAAGUGGUCGAAAGUUGAAGCAGAAGGUGAAUGAUAAGUAUACUGAGUAUAAAUAUGAAGAUGUCGUGUUUUUUAUCGAGAAAGUUGAGCAACAUACAGUUCUUUGGGAUUCUUCGAGAACGAACUCUUGCCGUAAAGAAACACAACGUAAACUGUUCGAUGAGAUUGAGGCCGCUUGUGGCAAGUUUAUGCCAAGAGGAAAGAAUGUGCAUGGAGGAACAGCGCAAAAGCUGUGGGACGAUCUGAGGAAGGAUUAUGUUGACAAUAAAAAAAAAGUACAAAAGGCAAAAAGUGGAGCCGGCGUCUGCGAUUUGGAUGACUUCAUCUUUGAAAAAAAUUUAAAAUUUUUGGAUUUAGCAUUGGAAAAAAGAUCUGUUAAAAAUGCUUAUGUUUUCGGAGAUGAGGAAGAUGUAAUCAUUGAAAGUGAUGAUGAAGACGUUAGAUGUGUUGAUGAUAAUGAGAUGGUAGAGACGCCAAAACGAAAAUUGAAUUUUUCUGAAAAGCCCACGCCGAAAAGAAGAAGGGAAACACAAUAUGACUUGCUAAUGAAAAAGCUGGAGAAAUCAGAUGAAGCUAUCGUAAAAGCUUUGGAAGAUGUGAGAGAAGGGAAUGGUUGUGACUCGGAAAGAAUCUGUAAAACAUUCCAAAAACACGUGGAAAAUUGGCCGGAAGUGGAUAGGUAUUUAGCCGAAUCCAGUGUGUUGCAGCAUAUCAAAAAUUUGAAACUAUCUGGACCAGAAGCUUUGCCGUCGAAUUAUAUCCAUCAGCCUCACCAGCAACAACGAAUGCGACCACAGAUGCAAAUGCAAGAACAAAAUAAUUUUCGGCACCAACUGCAAGUUCAGCAUCAUAAUUAUUUCCCGAAUACGUCACUCGAUCAGGCCUCCUCGUCAAAUCCACAGAACUACAAUUGUCAUCAGCACUACGAUCCAUUUGGAGAUGAUAUCUUCGAUAUGAAUUUUCGAUAG